CCAUACAGAAAAAAAUAAGUUGUUUAAAUGAUAGCAUGCUUAAGCUCUUACAAAUUAAUAAUUUUUCUUCUCGUACAAUUGUAUUUUAAUUAAUUUUUCACAACUACUUUGAGAUUCCUUGCACUUACAUUAGCAGAGAUAAAUUCACGAUAUAUAGCUAAAUAACCUAUAUCAAUAUAAGCCGGUAGUAUUGCGCAGUCUUUUAUUUCUGAAGCAGAAGAAUAAAAUGAGCUUUUAAUCUGUUGAGAAAAACAGGUGUUUUUUUAAGAUAAACAUUAUUAGUGAUCUUUGGAUACUUUGAACGCUUUCUUUCUAACCUUCUUUAAAGAAUGUUUUUUUAGAAGUUUGGUUGAAAAAGAGUUUUUUUUUAAUUGAUACUUAUUUAAGAAUAAAACAAUUUUCACAUAAUGACCAAUGUAAACGAAUACUUAUUUUUGGUUAUUAUUUAUUCUUUAGUUUGUUGCUCUGCUUCUCAGACUUCUAAAGAAUCUCCCUGUCAUCCUAAUCCUUGUGGAGUAGGAGCUUGUGUAGAGAUUGGUGACAGUUAUACGUGCAUUUGUCCCGCUGAUGGAGUUUCUUACGCUGAAAACUGUGUAACAGUAAACUGUCACCCGAACCCUUGCAAAAAUGAUGGAGUGUGUGUAUCUUCAUCUGGAGCGACUACGUACGAAUGUGUUUGUCUGGAAGGUUAUAAUGGGACAAAUUGUGAAACUGGUAAAUUAUUUUGA